AUGUCGAGUAAAUAUCACCCAAGCAGUGGCGGUACCGCGCAAACACAGCUAGUACAAUGGAUAAACGAGGCAGGAAUGUCGGAGGGCAACAAAAAGGUGAAUUUGUUGCGAAAAAUCAUAGAGGUAUUAUUACAUCAAGCACCACAAAUGGUGCCAGUUUAUAUGGAUAACAUUCUUAGUUGCGUCAGUGAUAAGUCUACUGAUGUUAAAAGGCAGGUUGUAGCAUUUAUCGAAGAAUUAAGCAAAUCAUAUCCGGAGUAUCUUCCUAAAAUAAUUGGUCAGCUGCAAUUACUGGUGAUAGAUACAGUUAUUGCGGUACAGAAGAGAGCAAUUCAGGCGGCCAGCUUGGUUUACAGAAAUGUCCUUCUCUGGAUAUGCAAAGGAACCUCGGAAAUGAAAGACAUGCAAUAUGUUUGGGAACAUUUAUCCGAAUUAAAGCUUCUUAUUCUCAAUAUGAUAGAUAGUGAUAAUGAAGGUAUAAGGACACAUUCGAUCAAGUUCUUGGAGGAGGUUGUUGUACUUCAAAGUCCUCAUACAAAUGAUGACGAUGACUUUAGUUUGGACUGCUUACCGUCAAAUCUGCCUUUUCUCAACAGAAAGGCUAUGGAAGAAGAAUCCGACCACAUCUUCCAAUUAUUGUUAAAAUUCCACAACUCUCAACACAUAUCAAGUGUAAACCUCAUGGCUUGUAUGACAACAUUAUGUUUAGUGGCGAAACUCAGACCUAAAUAUAUGUCGAGUGUGGUGAAGGCUUUAAAUGAUCUGCACACAACGCUACCACCUACACUGUCACAGUCACAGGUGAAUUCAGUGCGGAAACACCUUAAGAUGCAAUUACUUAUACUGGUCAAACAUCCCUCCUCAUAUGACAUGAUGCCGCAAUUAACACAGUUGCUUGUAGACAUUGGAAUGACGCCUCAAGAAAUAAAUAAAGCUCUACCCAGAGACAGAAGGAACAAACGAUUGGGAGAAUUAAGGGCUUCAGAAAAUCCAGCGAAAAGAUUCAGGAUUGACUCGCCUCAGAGUACCUUAGGAAGUGAUAGCAAUAGUAAUAGCAGAAGUGAAUUCAAUUUGUUUGACGAUGAUAACAGCCAGCAGGGCAGCCAACAGAGUGUAACUAAAGCAUCCUGUACAGAAGAAUCUAUUUUAGAUGGUCUGAAUAGCUUAGAAAAUGUCGUCAAUCUGGUUGUGACAACCCUAACUAAUAACCUGCCUACUGAAAUGCCCACGAGUUUUAUCUUAGCAUAUAAACCUAUACCAAAUGCUGGAAGCAAGGUGCAGAAGCAAAAUCUGGCCAAAAUGAUGGUAGCAUUGAUCAAAGAUGAACCAUUGCCAAUACCUACCACCAUAAAGUCUUUGGAUACAACAACAAAAAUACCAUUACUAAGAGACGAUGACGAUAAAAUUAAUCUAAAGAACGCGGUGGCAAAACUACAGGAGUCCACUAAAGUCGACAAGCAAAUAGAAAAUGCUGUAUCGAAACUGAUGGAAGAAACGAGACAGGAACAUCUCAAAGAAGAAGAGAGAAAGAAUAAGGAUAAAGAAAAACCAGUCGCUCCACCAACGCCAUCUAUACCGAAAUUAAAACAGAAAGUUAAACUAUUGAAACUCCAAGAACUAACACGACCUAUACCCAAAGAAAUUAAAGAAAAACUCAUGAUUCAAGCUGUUGAAAGAAUAUUGCGAGCAGAAAAAGAGAGUAUAAUCGGGGGAGCAGCGCAAAUAAGAACGAAAUUCAUCACGAUAUUCGCUUCAAGCUACACACCGGAAAUACGAGAACUGGUCCUUAACUAUAUACUGGAAGAUCCAUUAAAUAGAAUCGAUCUAGCCUUAUCCUGGCUAUACGAAGAAUACGCGUACAUGCAAGGCUUCAACCGGCAUCCAGUUACAUUACAGCCGAAAUUACACGAAAAACACGACGAAAACUACAAUCAACUGCUAUGUGCUUUGAUCACGCAAAUAUCUGAAAGAGGUGAUCCUUUAAUGGAGGGUAGUAAGGACGUUUUACUGAGAAAAGUUUACUCUGAAGCGCCCGUAGUCACUGAUGAGGCUGUAGAUUAUUUGAAACAUUUAGUCUCUGAGGAAAAAUCUGCUACGGUAGCCUUGGAACUGCUGGAAGAAUUGUGUCUGCUACGACCGCCUAGAGCGCACAAAUUUGUUGCAGCCCUAGUGUGUCAUGUGUUGAGUGAAAACGAGGAAAUUCGGAAUAUAGCGCUGAAAUCUUCGAUAAAAAUCUACAAAAACAGUACGGACGCCGCUAAAAAGGUUAUAGAGAAACACGCUAUGUUGUAUCUCGGGUUUAUAUCGCUAUCAACGCCGCCACAAGAGUUAUAUGGGAACAGACACACGAGCAGACCCUGGUCGGAUGACUUGUAUAAAAUGUGCCUUAAUUUGGUAAUGGCUUUGUUCCCGGAGAAGGAAGACGUGAUUAUCGAGAUAGCUCGCGUGUAUGGCACUACAGGUGCUGAAGCCAAGCGUUGUGUGCUACGUCAACUUGAAGUCCCCGUCCGAGCGUUAGCCGCGUCCGAACCUUCCGGACACUUAUCACCUGCGCUAGUAGCACUACUGGACGCGUGUCCGCGCGGCGCUGAGACACUACUGACUAGAAUCGUGCACGUGCUCACCGAUAAAUUUCCUCCGAGCCCCGAGUUAGUAUCUCGUGUCCGUGAGCUGUACGCGACCCGCGUUUCAGAUGUACGGUUCCUUAUACCUGUGCUCAAUGGACUUACCAAGAAAGAGAUCUUGGCUGCUCUGCCGAAGUUGAUCAAAUUAAAUCCAAUUGUAGUGAAAGAAGUUUUCAAUAAAUUACUUGGUCUGCAGAAUCCCAAUGAAGAGCAAUUACCGGUUUCUCCUGAAGAACUGCUAGUAGCUCUUCAUCUUAUAGACCCAAGCAAAGCCGAUCUCAAGUACAUUAUCAAAGCAACUGCUUUAUGUUUCGCUGAAAAGAACACUUAUACACAGGAGGUGUUGUCGUCAGUUCUCCAGCGCUUGGCUGAGGAGCAACAGACGCCUGUGCUUAUGAUGCGUUCUGUCCUACAAGCGUUGACCCUUCACCCCUCACUAGCGCCGCUAGCACUCAAUAUACUAUGUCUCCUGUGUGAGAGAGAGGUUUGGAACAACAAAGUGGCUUGGGAGGGUUGGGUGAAGUGCGCUGAACGACUAGGACCUCGUGCUGGGCCCGCACUAAGGGCACUGCCGCCGAGGGCGAGGGAUUUGCUACCAUCACACCUUACGGCUUUGUGUCCUGUGAGUAUAUUAGUUGUAAAUAUUGAUAAUAGAUGGCGUUGA